CAUGUGAUUCAUAAUAUCUAUCUUGUAUAUAUAAGUAAGGAAUAACGAGUUGAUCCAUUUGGUGAUUGAAUAACACGUUGAUAUAUCAUCUUUCUGAUCUGUACUAAAGGAUAGGGAUAGGGAUAGGAAUGGGAAGAAUAGCAUGCAAAAGACAAGACAAUUCAAGUAGGUGUGGUUGUGGGUCCCUUGACAAUACCAUUAACGUAUUUAACUUUCCAACCUUCUGGUCUUGUGAUUUCCUCUCUCACUUUCCCUUUCUUUGAAUUUCAUCUCUCAUCAAAUCAAACUCUUUUCCGACCACGCUCCCCAUCCAUCCAUCCAUGUCUUCAAAAUCCCGAGAUGUUUGUAUUGUUGGUGUUGCAAGGACACCAAUGGGUGGUUUCCUUGGUUCCUUAUCAUCUCUUUCAGCUACACACCUAGGCUCACUCGCUAUUCAAGCGGCUCUCAAGAGAGCCAAUGUUGAUCCAUCCCUUGUGCAAGAAGUCUUUUUUGGGAAUGUUCUUAGUGCUAAUUUAGGCCAGGCUCCUGCUAGACAGGCUGCAUUAGCUGCUGGAAUACCUACAUCUGUUGUCUGCACUACUAUUAACAAAGUGUGUUCAUCUGGGAUGAAAGCUACCAUGCUUGCUGCACAAACAAUUCAGUUGGGUUCCAAUGAUGUUGUUGUGGUUGGUGGUAUGGAAAGCAUGUCAAAUGCACCUAAGUACAUUGUCCAAGCAAGGAAAGGAUCUCGGUUAGGACAUGAUACUAUCAUUGACGGUAUGCUUAAAGAUGGCCUUUGGGAUGUCUAUAAUGACUUCGGCAUGGGAGUUUGUGCAGAACUCUGUGCAGAUCAGCAUUCCAUAACUAGAGAUCAGCAGGAUGCUUACGCCAUUCAAAGCUUUGAGAGAGGAAUAUCUGCACAAAAGUCUGGUCAUUUUGCUUGGGAGAUAGUUCCGGUUGAAAUUUCCAAUGGAAGAGGAAAGCCUUCCACACUAGUAGAUAAAGAUGAAGGUUUGGGGAAGUUUGAUGCUGCAAAGUUAAGGAAGCUUGGACCAAACUUUAAAAAGGUUGGGGGUACGGUGACUGCUGGCAAUGCUUCUAGCAUAAGUGAUGGUGCGGCUGCAUUAGUGCUAGUGAGCGAAGAUAAGGCACGCGAGCUUGGUUUGCAUGUAAUUGCAAAGAUAAAAGGAUUUGCAGAUGCAGCUCAGGCACCCGAAUUAUUUACAACAGCUCCUUCCCUUGCAAUACCUAAAGCUAUAUCAAAUGCUGGUCUGAAGGCUUCUCAAAUUGAUUAUUAUGAAAUAAACGAAGCUUUUUCAGUUGUGGCUCUUGCGAAUCAGAAGCUUCUCAGUCUUGAUCCUGAAAAAGUUAAUGCACACGGAGGUGCUGUGUCAUUGGGACAUCCAUUGGGUUGCAGCGGAGCUCGCAUCUUAGUUUCAUUAUUAGGGGUAUUGAGACAUAAGGGUGGAAAGUAUGGUGUUGGUGCCAUCUGCAAUGGGGGAGGAGGUGCAUCUGCUCUAGUCGUUGAGCUCAUGCAAGGCGCCACUCAAAGACGUUCUUCAUUGUGAGAAAGAUAAAAUCGCUUCACAUCAUACUGCUUUUCAACACUGCUACGACAUUUUUGGAAGGACAACACAUAUAGGUUGAGUUAAAGGAAGAAAUCGUGUUAGUUCACAACCAUUGGUAGUUGUCUUUUUAUGAACUAUAUCUAAAGGUUAUCGAUGCGUAUUUGACAAAAGAAAAUAAAGAAAUAUAGUCAUUCUCAAAUCUAGAUUGUCGGCGAGUUUAGCCCGGGUUCUUUCUGGGAUGUCAAACUUCCAUGAUUUUGGCAAAAACUACACUUUGUAGCUUCAACAAAAUCAUAGUGCCAUUGUGUGUAAUCUUUACAUUGAAUGAACACUUAUGUAGAUUCUACAAGAGAUUAAUAAAAAUAUUAUAGUUCAAAAUCA